AUGCAGCCCUCCGAGUAUGAGAUCCAGCAGGAGGUCGAAGCUCUCCGUGAUAUCAGACGGCGUUCGACUGCGGGUGGACCUGGCUCCCUCAUCUUGGAUCCUGAUUUACCCAACGCUUCAUCUCCUACCUCCCCUGUGGGCUAUUGGACGCCUACAGAUGACUCCAGCAGCAGCUCUAAUGAGGACAGCAGCGAAAGCAGCCAUGUCAACGCCCAGGACGAUCCAUUCCAUCUCUUCUGGGUACCAGCGCGCCUACAUCCCGAGAUCGCACCCGCUGAAUUUCGCGCGUUCCUCAAAGAGCAUGCCCGCGCACCUGUGGACGAAGUGGGCGUCCUCGGGCGCUCUAGUACGAUCAGCUCAUCAAACAGCCUGAGCAGAAAGAAAUCCAUGCUGAGCAGGCAGUACAAACCUUCGGCGAACGAUGGCGUGGAAGACGAGAAGGUCAUCCCCAUCCGACGGAACCGAACGAGCGUAUAUGCAAAUUCCGGACCGCAGCUGACAAUCAAUGACCUACAGAAGCUGGAGGAGCUGGCAGAGGAGGCGUCGCAGAGUGAUGAUUCGUCACGAUUGAGGAGCGUGCUAAGGAGGAGCCUCAGUCUGAACGUCGCUCCGUCAGUCAUCGACCAGAUGGAUGACAUGCCGGACAUGGGCGAUGAUGCAGAUUCUCCGAUUAUCGUGCCCCGCCCCGGUCAAAUCCUACGUCGUGCAGCGCGCACCAAAAUCAGGAAGCCCGGCCAGACUGGGGAGGGUGCGCAUCGUUUCACAACGACGCGCAGCCGGCGCAAAUCCGUAACCCGUUCGGGGACUCUACCUCCUGAAGAAUCACGCACGUCGAGCGACAUGUCGUCGAGCGAUCAUGGCGAGGGCGACCUCAGUCUCCCCGAGCUCAGUUGGAAGACAGAGAUACCAGAAGUUCCCGAGGUCCCGCCAUUACCUCGACCAGAAUCAUAUAGUGAGGAGUCUUCGAUCUACGAUGCAUACGCCACGGAUGAUUCUGAGGACGUGGAACCUUUCACUUUGGUUACAACUCCAGAGCCUGCGCCCACAUUCGUUUUACCUCCACCUGUCGUCAUUCCUUCCCCCUCGCAUGUCCUAGAGCCUGUGCCCGAGGCUAUCUCCGAAUCCACAUUAUCGCCCAUCCUCCACCAUCCUCAGCCCCAGCGCGUUGUCCCUCCCGUAUCCGCACCGACCGUGCCACAACGGUCUCCGUCACCCGAACCUCCUUCAUCUGCGCGUACAAAUGAGAGUGUUACUCAACCUCGUGAAAGUACUUCAUCAUCUCGCCCAUCUUACGUUCCUUCACCGAGUGCGUCCGAGCAGCGGCGAGAGAAGGACAAGAAAGGAUUGUUUGGUAAAUGGGGCGGUGAUAAAGGUGGAAAGAAACACCACAAAGACAAGGAGAUUCGAGAUCGCGACAAGGAAAAGGAGAGCGGCUUCUUUGGUUCGCUGUUCGGGGCCAAGAAGAAGCAGGAGGAGUCUCCGCCGUCUCUUGGCAUCAGUACCAAUGGACGGGAGACAGCAGCAGCACUCCUCGGUGCGUCCAAAUCGUCCAAGAACUACGUUCCUCCACCCUCGCCGCAGCUCGCCAAUGCUUAUGCACGGUAUCCCAUUCACGUCGAGCGGGCGAUCUACCGACUGAGCCAUAUCAAGCUCGCGAAUCCGCGCCGACCAUUGUAUGAGCAGGUUCUAAUCAGCAAUCUGAUGUUCUGGUAUCUGGGCAUUAUCAACAAGCAACAGCAGCAGAAUCAGCCACAACCGAACGGAACUCCAGCACAAACGGCGGGCACUGCGGCUGAGGAUGAACAGAGCGAGCGGGAUCAGAAGGAGCGGGAAGAACGAGAGCGCGGAGAGAAAGAACGGCUAGAGAAGGAACAGGCAGAGCAGAAGAAAGAAUCACGUCGGGGCAGCCUCACCAAAUCGCCUGGCGGUGGUUCUCCUGUUCCUGGAGCGCGAAGAGCAGAAAUACCCGUACGAGGUCCACAGUACGAGAUGCAGCAUCGAGUUAUGGAACAGGAAUAUGGGUACGGGGCACCAGGCAACGUACCUGGCAUUACUCCCUCCAUGGCUCGCCCGUUGUCUGCCCCGGUAGGGGCCAAUGGCUCAAUGCUUGGAUACCCAGCAGCAUCUUCCAGUAGAACAUCCUCGAGUGCGCCGUCUCCGUAUUCUGUACAAUUGGUCCAGCCACAGCCACAGACCCCAAAUAACCGGUACUAUGAUAUGUCGCAGAGUCGCCAAUACCCCACGAUGGUGACAGGUACACCGCAGCUCCCACCUGGUGCGAUGUCGCCUGCCGCCGUUGAGCAGACAUGGCUGUCUUCAACUGGCUCCGCUCCGUCGGUCGCUCGAAAUCAUACCUCAUCCUCACCUCCACCACGGGCCACGUCUCCACCAUCUUUAUCUGCGCAAUCGAGUCCACGGCGUACGCGAUCGCCUCCAGCUGGGAACAGGUACACACCCGCGCAGGAGAAGCAACCAUAUAGCGGUCAAAGAGUACCUGGCCGUUCGUUGUCUGCCUCUGCAGUCCCGCCUGUGCCGCCGAUGCCACAGAUAAAUGGGAAAGUGAAGAAAGGUGCCAGUGCUCACGCAGUGGUGCAGCACCGGCACGGCAGCGAGGACGAGGAUGUCCCGCUGGCUGUGUGGCAGCAACAACAACGACGAAAGUAG